GUAUGGUGGCUGGCUCUUGAACCAACUGUUUUCAUUCUGGGGGUCGGGCUGUGCUGGCUGUUCCGCAACCGGUGUAGCAAGUAUCUCGCACUGGAUGUCUACGUCACGGCCAACCUCAUGAGUCUUCCCUCGAUUGUUCUCAUCGGCUUGGUGCUGCUUGAGGUUCUGCUGAAGCCCCAGGCAUCAAUCCAAGGCGGAAUGAUGUUUGCAGCCGUUAUGGCUUGCAUCGUGGUUGCUUCGUGGUAUUUUGUGU